AUGGAUUCUAAUCCAUAUAAUACACAGCCCUCAAAUUUUGUUGACCUUCUCAAUAGUCAACAAGACGUUGUGUUUGGUUUAGGGGAAGAUAGUGUCCAUGUUUCUUCGUCACAUGUUCCUCUUUUUGGAACUCCACAAAGUCAAGAUCCUCACUUUGGAGAGAUUCCUGCAGAGCGUAAAGAAAGAAGAACAUGGACGCCUACAGACGAUCAAGUGCUCAUAUCCUCUUGGUUAAACACUAGUAAAGAUCCCGUUGUAGGGAAUGAGCAGCGAUCCAGAGCUUUUUGGCAGAGAAUUGCAGCGUACUUCGCAGCAUCACCAAAGAUUGGAGCCAGUGAAAGGAGGGAGGCCAGUCACUGCAAGCAGCGUUGGCACAAGAUCAAUGAUCUUGUUGGAAGUUCUGUGGCGCGUUUGAAGCUGCAAGCAGAGAGAGAACCAGCGGAGAGUAGCUGUAAAAGGAGGAAGCUCGACGACAGCGCACAAUCAUCAACCUCUCAAGACUAUGAAUCCAUGACUGAUCGUUCCCCAAGUGUUAAGUCAGCUAAGGCCAAUGGUAAGAAGAGAAAGGCAGAGGAAAGGCUGUCUGAGUUUGAGGGUAUGUGGAGCAUCAAGAAGGAGGAUUUGGCUAUCAAGGAAAGGCUCUCGAAGAUGAAGCUCCUUGAUAGCCUAAUUGCAAAAGCAUUGUCACGGGAAGUGAAGGAGAGUAGCAUUGUCACGGGAAGUGAAGGAGUGGAGUCAGUCUCAUGUCAAUAA